AUGGACAAAGCCACUAAGAACAAAAUUAGUCAUAGAGCACAAAGCGCUGGAAUUGGUGAAAAAGUAAUAUUUGUUAUCGGUUGUACUGGAACUGGCAAAAGUGAUUUGGGUGUUGCUAUUGCGAAAAAGUACAAUGGAGAAGUGAUAAGUGCUGACUCGAUGCAAAUAUAUAAAGGACUUGACAUUGCCACAAACAAGAUAACAAAAGAAGAGGCAGCAGGAGUUCCUCACCACUUGAUGAGUUUUGUUGAUGCUGCUACAGCUAAGUACAAUGUUCAUCUUUUCCGCAUGGAAGGCCUGAAGAUUAUU